AUGGGCCUCAUCCAACGCCAUCUUCAUCAUGGUCUACAGAACUUGCCACAGGAACCCAUAUCCAAGCUCGCGCCGUUCUCCGCACUCAUCAUAUCCAUUGUACUGGUAAUAUUAUUCCUGACUCGUUUCUACCUUCUGGAGGGAUACCUUAUCCAGCGUCUAUAUGGGAAGACGUACCUUGAGCUUAGCGAGCUGAACAAACGCGGCUUCAUAAACCACCAUAUAGCCGGCUUCACCAAGAUCGUCAUCCUCAUCACAGCCGCCUACCCUUUUAUCGCCAUCAUUGCGGGACGUGGCACGUAUCAGACGCCUUACGCCCACGGCAGUGUGGUCCGGCUGGGCGAUAUCCUGAUCGUCGCCGCCCAGAUGCUGGUUGCGAUGUAUGUUUUUGAGCUGAUAUACCGCUCCAAGCUCUCGCCCAUUGCGGUCAUGCACCAUAUCGGGACCAUCAUCAUUGGCCAGACCGCUAUAGCCAUCAACAUUGGACAUGGACGUGAGCCUGACGCCAAUAUCGAAUUCAUCCUCUGCUGCGUAUGGGGCGCCUUCGAUAUCGUCUCGGAAUUCCUACCCCAUGUGGCGAUUAUACUGUACCGCGUUUUUCCGUCGCGACAUCACUUCCUCAGCGGUGUGUUCUUGAUAGCCUGCAUCACAACCGCCACCGGCACGACCUGCGAAACAAUUGUGGCCAUGUGGCUCUUUGGUGGUCUGUGGAAUCGGUGGCGACUGGCGUUCAAAAUCGUGACUCCUAUAUUGCAUGUGGCAUUUUCUGCGACGCAGAUCCACGGGAGUGUCGUGUUCUGGAAGAUGUACCAACGACAAAGAAGACUGAUGUUGAGGAAGAGGGAGGAACAGACAGGGUUAUAG